GGAGGAGGUUUCCCAGAGUCUGGGGAAGGGGGAGCGAGGGGCGGACCCGGUCCAGCCCCGCCCCACGCCCGAGCGGUGCGGGAGCCCCGCCGGAGCUCGGCUACAGCCCUAGCCAGAGCCGGCGUCAGCGGAGGCGGAACGGCGGACCCCGUACCCCGGCGGCACGGAACCCCGGCGGGUGGAGGCAAUUCCCUGGACUGCUCAGACACUCCUCGCAUCCUUGGCAGAAUCAAGAUGAGACUCUAUCAUGUCUCCCCAGUAAGGCCUACAGCCUGAGCAGAUAGCAUGGCCUGCCACAGCAGUGAAUGACAUGGCUGCAGGUGGUGGCUGCACCUUUGCUUGGCAGGUGUUUCCCCCCAUGCCCACUUGCCGGGUGUAUGGAACAGUGGCGCACCAGGAUGGGCAGGUGCUGGUGUUGGGGGGCUGUGGCCGGUCUGGGUUACCCUUGGAUACUGCCGAAACACUGGACAUGGCCUCGCACACAUGGCUGGCACUGGCGCCUCUGCCCACUGCCCGAGCUGGUGCAGCUGCUGUGGUUCUGGGCAAGCAGGUGCUAGUGGUGGGGGGUGUGGAUGAAAUCCAGAGUCCAGUAGCUGCUGUGGAGGCCUUCCUAGCUGAUGAAGGCCGCUGGGAGCGUCGGGCCACCCUUCCUCAAGCAGCCAUGGGGGUUGCAACUGUAGAGAGAGAUGGUAUGGUGUAUGCCCUGGGAGGAAUGGGCCCUGACACGGCCCCCCAGGCCCAGGUACGGGUAUAUGAGCCCCGCCGUGACUGCUGGCUUUCACUACCCUCCAUGCCCACACCCUGCUAUGGGGCUUCUACCUUCCUGCAUGGGAACAAGAUCUAUGUCUUGGGGGGCCGCCAGGGCAAGCUCCCAGUGACUGCUUUUGAAGCUUUUGAUUUGGAGGCCCGUACCUGGACCCGGCACCCGAGCCUCCCUAGCCGCCGGGCCUUUGCUGGCUGUGCCAUGGCUGAAGGCAAUGUUUUUAGCUUGGGUGGCCUGCAGCAGCCUGGGCCCCACAACUUCUACUCCCGUCCACAUUUUGUCAACACUGUGGAGAUGUUUGAUCUAGAGCAUGGGUCCUGGACCAAGCUGCCUCGCAGCCUGCGUAUGAGGGAUAAGAGGGCAGACUUUGUGGUUGGCUCCCUUGGGGGCCACAUCUUGGCCAUCGGGGGUCUUGGAAACCAGCCAUGCCCUCUUGGCUCCGUGGAGAGCUUCAGUCUUACACGUCGGCGCUGGGAGGCACUGCCUGCCAUGCCCACAGCUCGCUGCUCCUGUUCUAGCCUACAGGCAGGGCCCCGGCUGUUUGUUAUUGGGGGUGUGGCCCAGGGCCCCAGUCAAGCUGUAGAGGCACUAUGUCUGUGUGAUGGAGUCUGAAGGCCUGGUUGGGUCUGUUCACUGGAGCAGCUCAGUACAGGAGCAGGUGUCUGUGGCUCCAUUUGCUGCUGAAGGAGCUCUAUAUGGCUGUGGGAUGAGGGAGGCAUAUGGACAGGCACUUGAGGCAUUCCCUUGGGGGCUUGGGUUAGGGAGCCUUUGUCUUUAGCAUAGGCCAAGCAUAUGCUCACAUCUAACUUUACCACAAUUCAUUCAUGAACCAUAUCUAGCUCCACCCUUACCCAGGAGCCCCUUAGGCCCUGUGUCCAACAGGAAAGUGGGCUCAGGAGCGAGCUGGCCUUACACCCUGCAGGAUAGGCAUUGACUAUCUCGAGUUAGCCAGAACCAUCUAAGUGGUCAUUCCUGAAAAAUCCCAGCCUAUCUUGAAGGUUCCUGCAGACCUAGGUAUAUUCAGAGAGGGUGAGGGACACAGAGGGAAUGGAGGAAAGGACGUAAAAACUGCCAGAGGGCAAGAGGAAUUCUGGCUUUGGGCCCUCUACGUUGCUGGUUGUAUGACCUUGGGCAAGUCAUUUCACCUCUCUGUGCCUCAACAUCCUCGUCUGUGAAUGAGGAUCUCUGAAACCUUCCUACCCUACCUACCUCACAGGGCUGUUGUGAGGAUCCAGGAAUUUUGGAUAUGAAAGUAAAAGUAUUGCUGAAAUCUGA